UGGUUUUUAUUUUUUAUUUUAUUUUUUGGUUGUUUGUAAAAUGUUUGCUUCUGAUUGUAGGUAACAUCUAUUUCUGAUAAAGGCAUUCGAUUAUCGGAGAAAUGAACGGGCUUGUGGGAAUGAGGAAAAUCAAGUCUCAGUGUUCGAUCUCUGGAAUGAACGGGCCUGUGGGAAUUAGGAAAAUCAGGUCUCAGUGUUUGCUCUCCGAGAUGGAUGCUUUUGAUCUCUCUGGCUUGCUUGACAAUCCAAGGCUAAACAUAGAGAGACAGAGAUCAGUUGAUGACAGUUUACUCAGUGAACUGUCCAUUGGAGCAAGAUCAUUUUCAUCUGCUCAGAACUCGUUCGAGCCUCAGCCAAUGCUUGCUGAUGCCUGGGAAUCUCUCAGGAAGUCUCUAGUCUAUUUCAAUGGCAAACCUGUAGGCACACUUGCAGCUGUUGAUCAUCAAUCAGAAGAAGUUCUAAAUUAUGAUCAGGUUUUUGUUCGCGAUUUUGUUCCAAGUGCACUAGCCUUUUUGAUGAAUGGUGAACCGGAAAUAGUUAAGAACUUCUUACUGAAGACGCUGCGUCUUCAAGGGUGGGAAAAAAGAGUAGAUCAAUUUAAGCUUGGUGAAGGUGUUAUGCCAGCUAGUUUCAAAGUCCUUCAUGAUGCUGUUAGGAAAACAGAUACUCUUAUUGCAGAUUUUGGUGAAAGUGCAAUUGGAAGAGUUGCUCCUGUUGACUCUGGAUUUUGGUGGAUCAUUUUGCUUCGUGCUUACACAAAAUCUACAGGGGAUUUAACUCUGUCUGAAUCUGAUGAUUGUCAAAAAGGAAUGAAACUUAUAUUGACUCUAUGCUUGUCCGAGGGGUUUGACACAUUCCCAACUCUCCUAUGUGCUGAUGGAUGCUGCAUGAUUGAUCGAAGAAUGGGUGUUUAUGGAUAUCCUAUAGAAAUUCAAGCACUUUUCUUCAUGGCAUUGAGAUGUGCUUUGUCAAUGCUCAAACAAGAUACUGCUGAUGAUAAGGAAUAUGUAGAGCUUGUUGUGAAACGUUUGCAUGCACUAAGUUUUCACAUGAGAAGCUACUUUUGGCUUGACUUCCAGCAACUAAAUAACAUUUAUCGGUACAAGACCGAGGAGUACUCACAUACUGCAGUAAAUAAGUUUAACGUUAAUCCGGAUUCAAUUCCAGAUUGGCUAUUUGACUUUAUGCCAAAAUGCGGUGGCUACUUUAUCGGAAAUGUCAGUCCAGCUCGAAUGGAUUUUCGAUGGUUCGCUUUAGGAAACUGUGUUGCAAUUCUAUCUUCUUUAGCAACUCCAGAGCAGUCAACUGCAAUCAUGGAUCUUAUUGAAGCUCGUUGGGAUGAGUUGGUCGGAGAAAUGCCACUAAAAAUUAGUUAUCCUGCAUAUGAAGGUAAAGACUGGGAAAUUAAUACCGGGUUUGAUAACAAAAAUGUCACUUGGAGUUACCAUAAUGGAGGAUCUUGGCCAGUGCUCAUGUGGCUAGUAACAGCUGCUUGCAUCAAGACAGGACGUCCGCAAAUAGCAAGACGUGCAAUUGAACUUGCUGAGAGUCGUUUGCUGGAGGAUGGAUGGCCUGAAUAUUAUGAUGGUAAGCUUGGAAGAUAUGUUGGUAGAAAAGCAAGAAAAUACCAAACAUGGUCUAUUGCAGGUUAUCUGGUUUCUAAGAUGAUGCUGGAGGAUCCCUCACACCUGGGGAUGAUUUCCCUUGAAGAAGACAAACAGAUGAAACCAGUGCAUAAAAGAUCAUCUUCUUGGACUUGCUAAAUUAUUCUGGUGAUGGGUGCAAGAAAGAAUGAGAAUAGAGAAAAACUUAGAAGUUUGAAAUUUUUACUAGUAUUUUGCAAUGAGUUUUUUUAAUUAAUAAGCGGUACUAAUGGUCGUUUUACAAUUGCACAAUGCGUUUCAAUUUUACUAUUACGCAAUGUGUUUCACUUGCUUCCAUAUACAAUGGAGUAACCUUUUUUGGCAGUAACUAUUUCAAAAAUAUUUUA